UUUAUAAUUGAAACAAAAAAAAAGCCGGGGAAGGCAGGCAAGGCAGUGUCGGAGUGAAAUUCUGAUUUGCUUGCAGAAAUCAUUAUUUUCUGUGUGUUACCUACGAGAAGAUACAUAGGAAUUUUAUACAGAGAACAGAACAUUAUUUUUUGCCUACCAGGGGUGAGGGUGAGCCAUGGAACUGCCAGCCGUGCUGGUUCUCUGUGGCCUGGGUGUUGCUGGCAUUGCAGUGCUGCUGCUGGUGGUACUGGGCCUGUUCUCCACCUCCGGUACCAGUUAUGAGGAAGCUAUAGCACAACAACGCCGUGCCACUACUGAACUACUUGCACUGGCAGAAAACAAGAGUAAACAAAAAAAGAGCACCAAAAAAGCUAGCAAGAAGCUGGCCAAAAAAGAGAAAAAUAAAGAGAAUGCAGCGGCCGCUACAGCCAGCGAGUUGGAGAGCGAAGCGCCCGCUGAGAGCGGCGUCGAGGACGAUGUUGUGCCCGCCAAACCACAUGUGGACUUCUCACCUCCCGUUGUUGUUGAUGUGCCUAGGGACACGCCACCUAAUGUUAAGAUUCGCAAACGCGGCAAGGAUCCUAAAGUAAAGCCGAUACUUGUAAACAAAGAGGAUCCGAGCUGCGUUAGCGAUCCAAGCACGGUGCCCGUUCCAACCGAAUCCACCGUGUCCAAUCAUUUCGAAGAGUUGCAUCCCAAGGACGAGUUCGAGUUGUUGCAUUCGUCACUUACUGUGGAAAAAGCUGCCGAAAAGAAAGAAGAGGUAGUAGAAAAGAAAGAAGUGAAGGCAGUGAAGGCUGCCAAGGGGGGCAAGGCAGCUCCGAAACCAGCGCCGGCUGAAGUCAAGGAGGAUGUCGCGCGAGAGCGACACAAUAGUGGCGAUGCACCUAAAGACCAACGCAAAGCUAAAAAAGUGGAGAAGAAGAGUGAGGAGGUGAGCGACAUUCGCGAGGAAGUAGUUCCUCCGCUGAACGCUCCGCAGCCGAGCGAGCUGACGACGGAGAAGCUGCUGAAGCAGGCGCUCGCCCCAUCCGCGGCCCCCGCGCCCGCCUCCUCUAACUCCCCGCCUGCCACCAAGAACAAGAAGAAGAAACCGGAACCUAAUGUACUUGCGCUCAUGGCCGGCGACGGCGGCGGAGUGAACGUGGGCGAGCUGGUCCGCGUGGUGCGCGAGGCGCCGCUGUCGCGCACUGAGAUACAGAUCCUGACCGACGCGCUCCUCAACAAGCACCACGACCCGCUCGUGCAGCACGCGGAGUGGACAGAGGGACCCAACGACCCCAUCCAAAAGUUGAAGAAGCAACUGGCCGACAAAGAGAAAGCUCUGGCUGACGAAAUCGAAGCGUCACAGGCUGUGCAUGCUAAAUUGAAGGAAUUGAGAGCGACGCUGAACGCGGAGCGGGGCCGCGCGGCGGCGGCGUCGCGUGCGGCGGAGCAGGCGGCCGCCACCGCGCGCGCGGAGCUCCACACGCUGCAGACGCGGCUGCAGCGGGUCAUCGACGAGAACCACGCGCUUGUGCAGGACAAACUUAUGCUCCAAUCUCAAGACGCCGAGUUCCAAGCCCAACGGGUACAGAUGGAAGUGCACAUCCAGAGAUUGACCGAGACGGAAGGUCAGCUGGUGUCGCAGCUGAACGCCCUGCAAGCGGAGCUGAGCGCGCUGCAAGCGGACCGCAACGCGCGGCUCAUGGAGCUCAGCGCCGCGCGCUGCGAGCUCAGCUCCGUGCGGGACUCGCUCAUCAUGCUGCAGCAGAACGCGGCCGACUUCAAGCAGCAGCUGCAGGAAGCAAAUCGGUUAUGCGCCGAAUACGCUGAUCAAAUCGCACAACAAGACAUAAAACUGGCGCAGGAACGACACAGCGCGACAUCUGAGCUUCAAAAUGAAGUCCAGCGUCUAACGGCGCGUGCGCAGACUGCUGAAAGCAGCCUCGAGAAACUGAAGGAAGAGUCUGAGAAACAGAAACAAAAGACACGUGUCGUGCAGCUGAGUGCGGAGCUGAGCGCCGCGGCGCGCGAGGCCGAGCUGCUGAAGGCUGCGCCUGCGCACAACGGCCUACCCAACCACGACAACCAACACAAGAGUGCCGAACUGGAGAAGGUUGAGCGGCUAGUGGAGACGCUGCGCGGCGAGCUGGCGGCAGCGCAACGCUGCAGUGCGGAACAGCGAGACCAGCUGACCGCGCUGCAGGACCAGCUCAACAGCUACCAGCACAAGAACAACGAGUUGCGAACUAAAAACUGGAAAGUAAUGGAAGCAUUACAGUCCGCGGAAAAGGCCCUGCAGGCGAAAUCUGCAGGCCACCCUGCGACCCCGGCCCAAGACUCGCUACGAGAUGCGUUAGCCAAAGCCCAAGAGGCGCACUACAACGAAGUGGCGAGUGUGCUGCGUUCCGCGUGCCCCGCGCUGGCGCCAUCUGCCGCCGUGGACGGCGCGUGGCUCAGAGCCUUCGCCGACAACUUGACCAAGCAGUUGGCCGCCAAGGAGGCGGAGAAACAGGAACUGGAGAAGAAACUUGCCGCUUUGAGCUCCGCGCCGGCCGCCGACCCGCGGCGGGACGAGCUCGUGGCCCAGAACGAACAUCUACAAGCGCUCGUCGAUAAAUACAAGAGGAUUAUUGAUGAUACGGAGGGAGUACUGAGCCGGCUGCAGCAGAACGUGACGCACGAGGAGCAGCGCUGGGCGCAGCAGCUCGCCGACACUCAGCGGGAACUGGAGGAGACCAGGCACAGGGCCGUCCUGCAGGAACCUCUGGCGUUCGCAUACUCCUGCAUAGAAAAAUCAUUGCCCAACAUCGUAGCAGAGAUGCAAAAGAAAAUAGACGCGUUACAGAUUGAGCUCCAGCAGGCGCAGGCUGCCAACCACAAUCACAGCUUCGCGGACGCGGAGCGGCUAGCGGAGGAAAGGUUAAUGGGCGGCCUUCCUUCAAAGUUACCAGUGGACACGCACAAUGGCCCUCAGCAGGUCGGGUUGGAAGAAAAAUAACAAAUAAAAAAGGCAAGUCUAUGCAAAAGAGUGUCGAGGUGUCCUUCAUUCGCAGCGCGAGGCCGCGUGCUCAGGUAACGCAUGUGUUGCACUUUGUAUCGUCCUCAAUGAGUCCGUCAACGAUAUGUUAGCAAACCGCCUUUAUCGCAGACUAUUUUAUCUGCUAUUCAUUCAUCAUCAUGAAAUGUAGAUAUUAAUUAGACACGCUUACUGGAUUUAACUUCCAAAUCAUGCAUAAAUAUGCUCAACUUGGUUAAUGUGAUUAUUUUGUCUUUAGUAUAUUUAUUUUGUAAUUUGUAUAAAUUCGGUGCGUGUGUUACAGUCAAUAAUAAUAUCGUCCGUCACCCGCUUUGAGCAUAGUCAAAAUUGCCAUAGAAAAGCCAUUACUGUUUCAAAGGACUAUGAAUUAUUUGUGUGUUAUUUCCAAAAUAGCGUUAUAUAAUUAUAUACUCGUCAUUUUGUAUGUGUGUCUGAGGCCUCGAUUCCUAUUUACUUGCAUUAGUAAUCACAAGGACUGUAUAGUGCGAUACGAGAAUGUUAUUGUGUAAGUUAAACUGCUUAGUACAUUUUGAUAAUGACUUGAAUUACAUGUAUUAGAAAAUGCUUGAGAUCAUUAUUUUUGUGUCGUGAUAAGAUUUUAUUUUAAUUUUAUUUAUAGUAUACUAUCUUCAUAAGAAAUCGGUUAAACUGAAGCAAUUUAUAUUAUUGAUCUUUGAUAUUGUGAUUUUGCAAUAGAUUAAAAAAGUAAGUUUUUAUUUUGGUUAGUUUUAUAUUAUGUUGAUUUUAAUUUCCUGAUAAUGUUGACGAUUUUAAUUAUAAUAGUUAUGUUAAAAGAUUUCGGUGGACGAAUUUAAACGCAAUAUCGUUACUUAAAAUCCAGAGAAUCCAGAAAAUCUCAAAAUUGUAAAUGUAAAGCAAAUGUCUUAUUUUUUACAGCAGCCGAAUUUACAAUAAGUGCGUAUUCUUAACGAUUUUAAGGCAUGUUAUUUACUCCCUAGAGUUAUAUUAUUUAUAAAAUAAACUUUUGUAUUUAAUGCAUAAUCGUUUCUGUCAGUGCCUUAGGGUAAGAUUUGGAUCCAAAACUAUCACCAUUCGGUUUAUAAUAAUAAUUAAAUCAAAGGCUUGUUUAAAUAUAAGCUUUUUCUUUGAUUUGUCAUGUAUUUGAUCUAUUCACAGACAGUAAAUAAAUAGUGAAAAUUGUGUCAAAUAUCCUGGAAUAUAAAAUAGCAGUAGUAUGAAAUGUAAUUGUAAAAUAUGUAAGCCACUUUGUAUAAUAAAUUGAUAAUUAAUAUAUUAUAUAAAGACAUUAUCAAAUAAAAUAUUUCCUAAUCAUA